AUGGAGGCAGCAAAGCAGUCCGUUCAGGACCUAGGGGAGGAGAAGGACUUAAAUGGAGAUCGAGAGGACGAUUUUAAGUCGAUUAUCUCCGUACCCCCGUACAAACCGGUAGCACGAGUUCAUGCUCCGGAUGAAUGGAUCACCAACUAUUGCAGUGGAAGAGAGAAGCCCUUCGUUUAUUCCGGUGAUCAUCGCCAUACAUCGGUUCGAGUUGAUUUGGAGGUUUACUCUGGGCGCGCUCUGGAUUGGUUUGAGUGGAUCGACCUCUUUCACUCACUCGUACACCAGACCGGCAAGGCACCUGGAGAGAAGCUGGCGAUUUUGAAGAGGAACGUACGGGGAGAGACGGCCGAUUUAGUUUACGGAUUAGGUGGAGGUGAGCUGGCCUACAAGGAGUCUCUCCGACGUUUGAAAGAGACAUGUGGCAGCCGUGCAGUUAUCCGUGCAGCACACCUUCAAGCCUUGGAUCGAGUCGAGCCUCCGACGCCCGCUACCUUCCGUAGAUUUGCCGAAAAGGUGAGGACUCACCUCUUCAAUCUCACCUGGAUCGGGGAGACCGGCCAUGCUGAUUUGAUCGAGCGGCUCACGCAGAAACUUCAGCCCCAGGAUCGGUUGCACUGGAAUGACGGCCAGCGUGGAGGAUUGGAGCGGCGCACCAUGAACGAGUUCGGCCACUGGCUAUGUACGCGAGCGGCUGCCUACCAGAAUGCAUACUCCAUUGCCGCCGAACAGCACCAGAAAAGCAACAAUCCAGCUCGGCCACCCCAGACGGGAAACAACCCGCAUCAUCAGAAGAGGCAUUCACGGGCCCACCAGGCCUCCACCAAUCACCGAGCCGGACCGGCUCGAGGGGCUCCUGCCCCUACGCCUCGUGAGGGAACGACACCAGCAUCCAAGCCUCCAUAUUGUUUUAAAUGUGAGGGUGAGCAUCGGUUGGCUGAUUGCCAAUUCUUCAAGAAUAUGCCCGUUGCUGGACGAAUGACCUUCAUCAUGGUGCGUGGCCUGUGUUACUGUUGCUUCGGCGUACGACAUGGAGCUGGCAACUGUAGCUUCAAGAAAGAAUGCGGCAAGGACGGAUGCAAGACGUUCCACCACCCUCUGAUCCACACUGACCGGGGACUUCCGGAGAGAACGGGCACGUCACAUUCCGCCAGAGCAACGUCCGGCACCAUCGCCUUUGGGGUGAUCCGCCUCGACGCCCUGAAUACUGACGGGGAGCUGGUGCCCAUUAAUGUCAUGUUGGACGCCGGGAGCAACACAACUUUCAUCCGUGAGGGAUUAGUUCGUUCGCUACGGAUUUCAGGCGAGCGACAGACACUUCGGAUCCAGGGAGUAGCUGAUGCGGCUUCAACGCAUCCGAAUUCAGAAGAAUUGUUUCUCCAGCUGAAAACGGCCUUCGGUGACAUGGUGACCCUUAAGGGCUCGACCUUAAAGACCGUGACACAGCCAGUUCCCGUGUACAAUUGGGAGCAGCUUCGCCACCGUUGGACCCACCUUAACGACUUGCCGCCGCUACGCAGUUCCGGCGGAAGAAUUGACGUCCUGAUUGGUUUAAACCAUACAACUCUCAUCACACCGACAGAUUAUCGACUUGGAGCCGACGACGAGCCAGCAGCUAUCAAGACCAGGCUAGGAUGGACAAUCCUUGGUGUGCUGGGAUCAGGAUCGACGACGGAGGCCCUCUGCCACCGUGCCUUUGCCUCCUCAGACGUACACAUCACAGCGGAGCUGGUGGAACAACUACGACGGUUCUGCGACACCGAAUCAUUCGGUACCGAGUACCAGGGUGCCGGAAUGUCCACCGAAGAUCGACGGGCAGUCGCGAAGCUGGACGCUGAGACCAAGAAGCUGGAUGUGGGUUACCAGGCCCCAAUUCUCUGGAAGGAUGAAGAGCCUCCAUUGCUGCCCGACAACCGGAGUGUAGCUGAUUCCCGUAUUCGUCCGCUUUUGAACAAAUUUACAAGAGAUCCAGCCUAUGAGAAACACUAUCGAGAGUCGAUGGCCAAGAACUUUGCUGAAGGUUAUGCAAGGCGGCUGUCUACCACAGAGGUCGAGGAGCGGCCAACUCGAUAUUGGCUGCCCCAUUUUGCAGUACCCAAGGUUGCCGGUCGUCCUGAGCUGCGGUUGGUGUUCGACGCAGCUGCCAAGUACCGCGGGAGGAGCCUUAAUGAUUACGUCACACCUGGUCCAGCACUUCAAAAUCCGCUCCCAGCGGUAAUUCUGCACUUCCGGGAAGGAGAGGUGGCGUGGUCGGCAGACAUAGGAGCCAUGUUCAGCCGGAUCCGACUAGACGACGUGGAUCGACGCUACCUUCGAUUCCUCUGGCCGGAAGAGGACGGAACAUUGACAACAUGUGAGAUGACCCGGGUGACCUUUGGUGUCUCAUGUUCGCCCUAUACGGCCAUCCGAACGACCUGGAGAGCAGCAGACGACGCCGCCGUAGACCAGGGUGAGGCGGCAGCCGCCAUCCGGAGGUACCUCUACGUGGACGAUUACCUGGAUUCCAGCAAGACCACUGACGAGGCGAUGCGCCGGGCGACAGCAGUCAACAAGGCUCUGAGCAGUGGCGAUUUCCAUCUGAAUCAUUGGGUGAGCAACGACGCACGCCUGCUGGAGCAGCUCUCGCUACCAGAUCCAAAGGAGAGCAGCGUCAACACGGUCAACCUUGGCGCUGACGACGCCGAGAUGGUCCUGGGCGUCACCUGGAGGCCAGCCACUGAUGUUUUGGGGUUUCGUGUCCGGUUGUCAGAGAUCAACUACACCCGGGCCGGGCUCCUUUCGAAGGUUGCCGGAUUAUUCGAUCCCCUUGGCGCCGCUGCUCCAAUCACCGUUAAGGCCAAGAUACGACUACGCCACCUUGGCGUGAAAGGCCUGAAGUGGGAGGAUGUGGUGACUGGUCCGGACCGUGAAUGGUGGGAGAGCUAUUUUGACACAAUGCAGCAGCUAAAGACGGUGGAAUUUGCCCGCUGCCUCUUUCCGGAUGAAGACCGAAUCGUCCGGACCGAACUGGACACUUUCGUGGACGCCUCUGAGGAGGCCUGCGCCGCCGUAUGUUUUAUCCGUAAUGUUUACCGUGACCACCGAGUGAUCGUGCGCUUCAUCAAGGCCGUGACAAAGUUGGCGCCGCUGAAAACAGUGUCCGUGUGCAAGUUGGAGCUGAACGCUGGACUUCUUGGAGCGCGUUUGGCCCGUUUUGUGGAAUCUUCAUUGACCCGGAAGAUCGCAGCGCGUCGUUUCUGGACCGAUAGCAGUACGGUGCGCAACUGGGUUCGAGCGCUAUCUGGUGACUACCAGGUCUACGUGAGCAAUCGUAUCGGUGAAAUCCAGACCCUAUCGGACCCUUCAGAGUGGCGUUUCGUCCCGGGAGUCCUAAACCCAGCGGAUGCGGCGACCCGCUCUCAACUGGAUGACCGGGCAAUCCCAGCGUGGUGGUUGGACGGACCACCCUUCUUGUAUCAAGAUGAGACGGCCUGGCCGCAAGACCUCCCCUGGACCUUGGAGAAGGCGGAGAUGCGUGGGGCCCGCGCCCAUGUGAGUGAUGUCGUGUCGGAGAAGAUAGUGCCAUUCGACUGGAAGACGGUGAAGAUAGCUGCCAGCGACGUGCCUACUCUCAUCAGAUUAGAGAAUGACUAUCUCGAUCUCGUCCGACGGUGCCAGAGGGAGACCUAUCCCGAGGAGAUAAGCAGACUGGAGCGUGGAAAAGUGAUUCGCCCUACAUCACCCUUGCAGCCCUUGACCCCUUUUUUGGAUGCUGACAAGGUGUUGCGGCUUGGAGGCCGUCUCAGCAGAGCGAAUUUACCGUACGAGGUUCUUCAUCCGCCGAUUCUGAAUGGCCGACAUCUGUUAGCGCGAGCAAUCAUCCGCGCCUUUCAUGAGCAGCUUCAUCAUUCCGGAACUGACAUGGUGCUUGCCCAGGUGCGACAACAUUUCUGGAUCACAGCAGGAAGAGAGGCGGUCAAGAGAGCUCGCAACGAGUGUCUGGCGUGUCGGCGUUUCCGACCAAAAGCAGCGCUACAGAUGAUGGCGGACGUUCACAGGGCCCGGCUAGGUGCUCACCAGCCUCCGUUCACCUACACCUCCGUCGACUAUUUUGGCCCCAUUGACAUCGCCUACCACAGAGGGACGGCCAAGCGAUGGGGCGCCCUGUUUACGUGUUUAGUGACGCGUGCCGUGUACGUCGACGUGGCGAUCUCUUUAUCAGCCAACGAUUUCUUGCUGGUUUUGCGCCGCUUCGUUUCUAUCUACCGCAAACCAGCUGAGAUGUUCUCCGACAACGGAACUAAUUUGACCGGGGCAGAGCGACUAUUACGUGAAGAGCUGGAGAGACUAAAGGAGAGUUCGGCGUUGGAGACGGAGCUCAAAGCUCUCGGGAUUCGAUGGUGGUUCCAGCCAGCCCAGACACCCCACUUUGGCGGAGCUCACGAAUCGCUGGUGCGUUCGGUCAAGCGAGCGCUCUACCCCGUGCUGGACAAGGAGUUGAACGGACAGCGUAAUCCGAGCGAGGAGAUUCUUCGGACGCUCCUGUUUGAGGUGUCAGGACUGCUCAAUUCCCGCCCUCUGACUUAUGUCAGCUCAGAUGUUGACGAUAUUCGGCCCUUGACGCCGAACGAUUUUUUGAAUCGCGCGCCAAUUGCGGAUCUACCGGCGGGUGAUUUCUCUCGUGCCUUACCACGGGACCACUACCGGUACGUUCAACGGAUGGCGGACCGCUUCUGGGAGCUGUGGCAUGGAGCAUUCCUGCAGUCCAUGACCUCGCGACGCAAAUGGACAAGACCAGCCCGGAACUUAGCGGUUGGCGAUUUCGUGCUCGACGAUUGGAAGGAUGCACCGCGAGGACGCUGGCGGACCGGAAGAGUUGUGAGAACGUAUCCGGGAAAGGAUGAACUAGUUCGAGCGGUAGACGUCGAGUUUUCUACAGGGAUAUUGCGCCGUGGAGCUAAUCAACUCGCCUUAUUGGAACCAAGCUCACUCGCUCCGGAAGCCGGAUCCAGUUCGGGGGAGAAUGGUUCGGCGGAUGCUGUUUAG